AAACAGGAAAUUAUCAUUAUUUGUUUUUGUUCCGCUUUCUCUUUUUAUAUCGUCUGUCGCCGCAACGUGUUGAUAAACACGUUGACAGAUUGUUUUUAUUGAUUAUUAUUAAAAUUGAUUUAGCAUGAAAUAAUUAUAAAAUUUCCAACUAUAGAUCUAUGAUCUUUUAGCCUUUGAUUUAAAUAAAAUACCAUGGGGAGACUCAUUACUUAUGAUAAUGUUGUUCUAGAAAGUUUGAACACUUUGAUUAAAAAUAAAGUUGUUCAGACUGGAUUGAUAAUUGGGCAGAGUACACCUCAAAAAGAUAUUGUUCUGCGGUUAUGUCCAACUCCUAUGAAAGAUGAAAUUGAGGGGGAAGAAGAUAGCUUGCAAAAAUCAAAACAGAAAACUGCUGCAAAUGAUAUUGAUGAGAGUUGGAUUUGCCAGCAUGCUAAACAGCUUGUUCGAGCUCUCCCAGGAGGAUUAGAUAUAUUAGGAUUAUAUAUUGUUGCCCCAUCUGAUUUUACAGUAAAAAAUCAAGCACUUCUUCGUCAGGUUCUUUUUGCUAUAUACAAAAUUAAAAGCUUGAAAGGGAAAAUCUUAAGAGAAAGAAUUUUGUUAAAUAUUUGCUCUAUAACUUCAAAAAUUUUGUGCCGAACAUUCGAUGUCUCAGAUUAUAAGUCAUCAGCAACUCCCGCUGAAUGGAAAAGUCAGAAUGGUCCUCAAAAAUGGCAUCGUCUUCGCUGUCAUCUUGCAGUUGAUGUGAAAUUCCCCCAUAAGAAAGCUGAAAUUAAUAAUUUGAGCCUGCUGACGCAAAUGGAGUUGUCUUUGAAGAACUUUUUUGAAAACAUACAAAAUGCAGUUUUACUUUUCAAUGGACAAAAAAGGAAUAUGGAUGAUGCUUUGGCCAUCUCUGUAGAAGGAAAAAGGUCUAAAAAGAAACAGUCUGAAAGAACUGAACAUUUAUCGGAAUGGUUUGAUGUUGAGUUGUUCAUUCCCCUUGGAAAUGAUGUUAUUUCAAGCCCAGAAAUCUUUACUGCCACCUCUAUGAUGACAUUCAGGGGUAUCAUGCAGUGUAGAGCUUAUAUACAUGCUAAAGCUACAGUCCAAGAGGCAGUUGAUGCCAUAAAGCAAGAUAUUGCAAGAAGCCUUAUUUCUCGAUGUGAGAUUCAUUGUGAAGAUUUAUUAUUAAUUGAAGAAGAACAAAGUGAUCCUUUGGUAGUGCAUGAACUACCUAGGCGAGUGUUUGCUCCCUUGCCCCAAAUGGAUGUUUGUGUUUGUGAUUACCAGUUUCACAAUGAUGCUGCGAGCGAUUCUCUUGAUGCAUUUAAAGAAUUACUUAAUUUAGAACUCACAGAGGAAGACAUUGAUACAUCUUGCGAAGUUUCACCAACUACCAGAGCUUUGAUUUUGCCUGAUGCAGCUGAAGAUAAAUUAUCAGAGUUUGGAGAUGCACCUGUUCAAAGCUCAUCUAUGAGGCUUGCUCCAAUUAUUGGUGUCGUUUCAACAAUAGCUGUAGGUCUUACUGCAUAUGUUAUCAAGACUCAAUGGAGCUAAGAAACAUUAGUUACAGAAUAUUAUAAUCCGUGUUCAAUACAUUGUAAAAGUUAAUAUAUUGUGUGUUGAUAUAUUUGCAGCCUAAAUUAUUCUUAUAAUAAAUUAUUUAUUUUUUAUAA